AUGCCACCUCCCACUUCAAAAGACCAAGGCGAGAAGCAGCAGGCCGCUCAACAAGCCGUAGACAUUCUGCACGAGAUCUCCACAAUCCUGAACUGCCAGCUGGACCGUAAACAAUUAUCAAUCUGCAUCUCCAUGAUUGAAAACGGCGUCAACCCCGAGGCCCUGGCGCAAGUCGUCCAGUAUCUGCGCAAGGAGGCGCAAAAGCAGAACUUCAGGCUCCGGGACCAAGAGCAGGACGCGUGA